AUGGCGGAGGAGCGCGCGCAGGCUCUAGAGCAGCAGAUGAUAGCGCUGGCCCAGGAGCUGCAGAACCGCCAGCAAAGGGAGAACGAUCUCACGGCCGAGGUGCAGCGGCUCGGCCGUGUGGCCGAGGCUAGACCACGGGUGGACGGGCCUGUGCCGCAGCCUCGAGCCGAGUCGCUCGUGGACACCCGCACGCUGGGCAAGCCAGACGUGUUCACGGGCGAAGAGCACAAGUGGAACGAUUGGAAGGUGAUCUUCAAGGCGUACUGUGGCGUCGUGAACGCCGACUUGCUGGCAGGGAUGCGACUGGCAGAAAGUGCUGACGAGGCCUCAGUUCAGAACGAUGACUUCCUCGAGGAGAACAUGAGGCAGGCCUCGCAGCAGCUGUAUUACAUCUUGCUCCUCCUCUGCCGGCAGCAUCCCCUGACGACGAUCGUGAAUGCUGGCGAGAAGGAGCAGAGGAACGGCGAGGCCAUCACAGCCUCCAUGAGGAUCGGCAUCGUCCUUCGGCAGCUCGAGGAAGGCCCUCUACGCCAGCGCCUCUUGCUCAAUGCGACCAGGCUGGUGGAGUGGCAGGACUUCCGACGUGAGGUCACCGACAUCCGCCGUGCCCAGAGCGCCAUCGCCCCGGUGCCCGUGCCCAUGGACCUGAGCGCGUUCACCAAGGGUGACGGCGAGGGCAGGUUCAGGGACGACGGCAAGGGCAAGAGCAAGUCCAGUGGCAAGGGCAAGAGCAAGGGCGACAGCAAGGGCAAGUCCAAGUCCGACGGCAAGAGCAAGACCAGCAGCAAGUCACAUGGUCAGCAGCUCGGGCCACUCUGCUGGGGCUGCGGCGGUCGCGGCCACACUCAGCGUGAAUGCCCGAGCAAGCACAGGGGGACGUUGGCGAGCAUGGAGCAGACGCUGGCUCGCAUCAACGCCUCCCAGUCGACGAGUACGACCGCACCAUCGGCGGCCAGCUCUAUCUCGACGGCUGCGACUACGAGGCUGAGUCCGGCGACGGCGAUGUCCGGCACGAGCUCUCGACAGGUCGCAGCACUCUACCUGAACGACGCGGACGAGCAGGUCAGCUACCCGUUCGGGAACCUCCACUCCCUCAGCAUCUACGACCCGGGGCCGGACAAGGCGGACGUGGUCGACUACUCUGCGACCCGCGCGGCCCUGGACCUGAACAUGAUCCACGGCAACUCGGAUGCGGAGGAGGUCGAGCUCAAGGCGAUCUCGUACAAGACCGCCUCUGGCCACUACGUGAACGACGAGGGCGAGAAGAUCCUCGUGGGGACGAUGCCUGGGGCUUCUCAGGCACGCGCUGCCAAGUUCAGGGUGGCGGACAUCAGCAAGCCGUUGCUGAGCGUCGCGGAGAUGGUCGACUCUGGCCAUCGGCUCGUCUUCGACUCGGAGGGCGGGCAGGACAUUAGCUACGCGUACCACAAGACCAGCGGAGACGUUGUCAGGUUCUGCCGCAGGAAUAAGGUCUACGAGAUGGAUAUGCACGUCGACCCGUACGUGCCGGAGGUCUGCCCGGUCGAGGUGGCAGGCCACGAGCCUCCCGAGGGUGAAGCCGGCCAGCCAGGCGCGGCUCACGAGGAGGUCGCCGAGGGCCCGCCGGCACGGCCGGCGAGGGAGCCCGCAGCGCCGACGGCCGAGCGAGCCGCGCACGAGGUGCUGCACGAGCCCUACAGGGCAUGGUGCCGGGAGUGCGUCUCCGGCAGAGGCCUGUCAGCAGGCCAUCAGACGAAGGACCACCAGGAGUCAGCGCUCGCGGUGGUUGGCAUCGACUACGGCUACCUCGGUGAACGAGAGGACGCUACGCCGCUGCUGAUCGGGAAAGAUUCGAAGCAGCGUUGGUCCCACGCGUCGGUGGUGCCAGCUAAGGGGACGCAGCAUCCCUGGCCGGCAAAGUCGUGGUCCAGGAAGCUGGCUUCGGCUGGCCACAAGCGCUUCGUCUUCCGCUCAGACGGCGAGGCGCCGCUCGUCGCCCUGAAGACCCGCAUCGGGGCCAAGCUCGAGGAGGAGUGCGGCAUCGAGACGGUGCCCGAGGAGAGCGCGGUCGGCGACUCCCAGGGCAACGGCCUGGCCGAGCACGCGGUGGACGACCUCCACGGCGCGAGCAUUGGCGUCGAGCACCCAGUGACCCCGUGGAUGGUCGAAUUCGCAGCCAUGUCCAUCAACCUGGGCAGGCGGGGCGCUGGCGGCCGCGCGGCCUGGGAACUUCGGCGCGGCCGCCCCUUCAACAAGGACCUGGCUUGCUUCUCGGAGAAGGUCCUGUAUCUCCCAGGGGGCAAGCGCAAGGCUGGGAUCGAGGACAAGUUCCUCGCUGGGCUCUACCUGGGGCCCACGCUUCGGACGGACGAGGUCUACAUUGGCACGGAGUUGGGCGCACUACGGGCCAGGGCCUUCAAGCGGUUGACGGUCGAGCAGCGGGCCGACAAGGACCUGCUGAACAGCCUCGUGGGGAAGCCGUGGGCGCCGGUGCCGACGGACGUGGAGGUGGACGAGGUGCCGGUGGCCAUCGAGAUCCGAGCGCCGGUGCCAGCGCCGGUCGCGCCUGUGGGCGGACCUCUGGCGCCCAUCCCCGAGGCUGGGGACCUCCCGCCCCGGGCUCUCCGAGUCGGGCGACCACCGGCAGGACCGCGGGCCGUCUACAUCAGGAAGGACGUCGAGAUCGCGAAGUACGGGCUCUCCCCGGGCUGCUACGGCUGCGCCGCGAUCCUCAACGGCGCCCGGGCGCAGGCUCACUCAGCCGAGCGCCGCGCUCGGAUCGAGCAGGCGAUGCAGGACGACGAGGAGGCAAAGCAGAGGCUCGAGGAUGCCGCCCGUGAGCGGAAGCGGCAUCGCACUGACGUCGCCGGGCCUGUCUAUCAAGAGGGUGGCUCGUCAGGCAGCGGCGGUCCAGCCCCAGCUCAGCAGGUGCCGCCAGCGCCCGAGGCCGCGGCGGCGGCUGACGCGGCGAUGGCUCCGGCACCACACGACCUGGGCGACGACAACAUGCAGGAGGAGAUCGGUGCCCUCCUGCUCUCUCUCGGCUACAGCGGGCGCAAGGCCGACGUGAUGGAGGUCUUCUGCCCGAAUGGGCUUGUGGGCUUUGCCCCCCUCUUCGGUAUGGUUCACGGCGGCUCGUUCGACCUGAGGGUUGGCUGGGACCUGACCGACCGCCAGCAGCAACGACAGUGCCGGGAGCUGAUCGAGCACUUCGAGGUGUAUUUCCUCUUGGGCAGUCCUCGCUGCGCGCCGUUCUCCAUGCUGAAGUACCUGAAUGAGGACACGGAGAGGCAGCGUGAGGCCUACGCCAUCGGGUACGAGCACUUGAGGUUCGUGAUGGAGCUCUACACGCUGCAGGUGAAGCACGACCGCACGUUCUUGCACGAGCACCCCUGGAGCGCGGACAGCUGGGACCUGGACAUCGUGAAGGAUGUGAUGGCUCUCCCGGGUGUCGAGGUCGGGCGAGGCGACCAGUGCGCGUUCGGCCUGGUGGUUGCGGACGCGCACGGCGACAGGCUCGCCAAGAAGCCGACAGGGUGGAUGAGUAAUAACAAGGAGGUGUUGGACGAGGUCUGCAAGCGCUGCCCCAAUGAUACUGGCAUUGGCAGCCGCCACGAGCAUUCCACCUUCGUUGGCCGCAACAUGCGUGUGGCGGAGAGGUACCCGGUCAAGCUCCUCCGCGCCGUCCUCCGUGGCCUCCGCCGUCACCUUAGCAACGAGAAGGUGCUCACGCUUUCGGCCCUGGAUGCUGGGCCGAACGUGGACGAUGAGGAGAUCAGCCUGAAGGACUUCGUCGGGAAGUGGCGCGACACGCUGAGGACCGAGUUCUACGACGACCUCACCGGCCUCCCGCUGGACCCCACGCGGGUGAAGGCCGCGAGGCGCCUGGAGAUGGAUUUCAUGGCGCAGCUUGGCGUGUGGGUCUACGCGAGGGAGGAGGACUGUCAGCGCGAGCUUGGACGGAGGCCUCUCAGUGGGCGCUGGGUUGAUAUCGACAAGGGCGACACCGACCGGCCGGAUUACAGAUCCAGGCUCGUCGCGCAGGAGACCAAGGCGCAGAGCACCAUCGCCGGGGACGACAUCGGCGCGGUGUUUGCGGCGACCCCGCCGCUAGAGUGCCUUCGGCUCAUCUGCAGCAUGGUGAUGUCGAGCGACCCGUCCGAGGGCCGCGUGCUGCGCUUCCUGGACAUCUCGCGGGCACACCCGCACUGUGAGAUCAAGAGGACGGUCUACAUCAAGCUUCCAGAGGAGGAUCCGAUGUCGCAGGAGAUCGGUACGCGUGGGCUCUUGCGGAUGGCGCUCUACGGGACGCGCGACGCUGGCCAGAACUUCGAGCUCACGACUGCCGAGACGGUCAUCGGUGCUGGCUGCGACCAGUCGGCCUUCUCGCCUUACGUGUACUGCCACAAGGACCUCCAGGUGAGCUUCUUCCACCACGGCGACGACUUCGUGCUCGAGGGCUCUCGGGGCGGGACGGAGUCGAUCUGCGAGGCCCUGAAGACGAAGUUCAUCGUGAAGGACAGGGGCGUGCUCGGGCCGGCGCCUACCGACGCAAAGGAGAUCACGCGCCUCGACAGGGCAAUGCGCUGGCGAGACCCAUGGUGCCAAGGGGGCGAGGCCAUCGAGCGCGAGGCGGAUCCCAGGCGCGCGCAGAUCUUGCACGCGCAGCUUGGAAUGGACCCCCGCACCACGAAGUCAUUGAGCACGCCAGGGCUGAGCCAGAAGCUUACACCUGAGGUCGAGCGCGAGCUGAACGAGCACGAGGCGGCAGAGUACCGCAGUGCGUGCAUGAGGAUGGGCUACUUGGCGCUCGGUCGGCCAGAGGUGCAGUUCACGGCCAAGGAGUGCGCUCGCGGCAUGCAGAGGCCGACAGAGCGACACCUCCGCCUUCUGAAGCGCGCUGGACGCUUCUUGAUCGGGGCGCCGCGGGCCAUCUGGAAGUGGGGCCGACAGCGGGCACCCGCAGUGAUGGACAUCUAUUCGGACACCGAUUGGGCAGGCUGCCCGAUCACGCGGAGGAGCACCAGUUCGGUCGUGAUCAAACAUGGGCAGCACCUGAUCGUUACGGCAUCGACGACUCAGAUCCCCAUCUCCAUGAGUUCGGGGGAGGCUGAGUUCUACGGCUGUGUGCGGGCGGUCAGCAGGGCCAUCGGCAUGCAGUCACUGUGCCAGGGCCUAGGCAGGGACGUGAGCCUUCGCAUCUGGAGCGACUCAGCAGCUGCUCUUGGCAUCAUGCAGCGACGAGGCUGCGGCAAAGUCCGACACCUCGAGACGCCGACCCUGUGGGUGCAGAAGGCACUCAAGGACGGACGGUUUCAACUGGCUAAGGUUCCCGGGAAGUCGAACCCGGCGGACCUGGGGACGAAGUUCCUCGACCAGGCGGCGAUGCUCCGAGGGCUGGAGAUGAUGAGUGUCAAGCUCUCGGACGCGCCCCUCUCGAGUGCCCUUCAGGCGAAG